UAACGGUAACGGUGCAUUGUAUAUCUACCCUACAUGUUGUAGUUGUGCCUUAUGCGUGGGGGUACAGUAGGCUUUAGGAUUUCUUAAUAAUUUCAUGGGGUUCUUCAAAGUUCUCGUAGACUCACUAGAGUAGUAAUUUAAAGUACACGUUCGUACAUUGUACACAUCAAAUGCUGCGGUGAAUAAGCAUUUUGGGCAGGAUUGCAUUAAGACGUUUUAUCUACAGCAUACGCAGCUGUUUCGUUAUCCAUCAUGCAGCAAGUUUGUUACGCAGUAUUUGAAUAGCUAAGCGUGCAAGAAGCCACGAAUUUAUCGUUCGCGUGAUGCAAUGCUAUUCAAGAUGAUUUGUAAUGACAUGCCACAUUACAAGCGCGAUGAGAAUUAAUUUAAAUUUUUUAUUUUCCCCAAAAAUUUUUGUGCAAAAAUCUGGAUGCCGUAUUGUACGCGGGUAACGCACGUCGCACGAUAGCCAUCCACACUUCUGUGCUGCCCUUUCAGAACUCCUGAUUUUAUACAGUGCUCGCCUGCAGCCUACCGGGGAGAUUUCUCAAAUUUUUAUACCUUUACGGUGUAGGUGGUUUAUACUCUAGAUACAUCAGUUUUUAUUGUUAGACCCCGCUCAUUACUGUCAAUAAUUUUUAUCCUUGCCCUGGCGAUUUGCACUUCUUUUUUACGGUUGAUAGCGCGUGCUUUACAUCGUGUAAUCAUCCUUAUCGUUGUCUUCGAAUGAUUACAAAAUUGACCACGGCCAAAACUUGAAGAAUUUUGCACUUAUUGUUAAUUGCAGUCUCGUCUUGUUGCUUAUAAGUUAAGUAUCUUUUCCAUUUGCAAAUGCAUGCCGCAGUCGUUUUGCAUCGGUCCUGGCAUUUGGUUGUAACCUGCCCAGUUGUUUUUGGGUGAAACGGUCAUAUUUUUGGAUCUCCUUUUGAUCUGCGCGGGAAAAUGGGAUGCAGACAGUCAAAAACCGUGGAAAUAUCUUCGGAAACAACUGGAUCGCACAAAAUGGGUAACGGGCACAGUCGCGAUGAACAGCCUCGGACAGAUGCAAUUCAUCGCGGUGGUCCUCCAGAGACUGUGCGUUUUGAAACCAAAGACGAACCAAAAACUACCCCUGUUACUAAAUCGGUGAACGGCGCGAAAAAUGGCCAGCUCCCUACGGAAUCAGAAAAUUUUGAAGUGGUGGCUUGCAAAACUGACGAGAUGAAGAUUGGCGAGAUGCGGCAUGUAGCCGUUCCCGGCGCCAAACAGCAGUUGUUAGUGGGGAAAGGAUACGAUGGACAACAUUUUGCCAUGACGUCUGCCUGCACGCAUUACAAUGCUUUUUUAAAAAAUGGAGUGUUGUCAAAUGGAAGAAUUCGUUGUCCGUGGCACGGUGCAUGCUUCAGCACUAAAACUGGCGAUAUCGAAGAAUUCCCCUGCAACGAUGGUGUUCAUAUUUUCCAGGUGAACACUGUUGGAAACGAUGUUGUGGUUAAAGGCAGUGCGAAAAAUGUUGACGAUCAAAAGCGCGCCUUCCCCAUGGCUAAAUGGAAUCGUGAUCCCGAUGGUAAACGAGUUGUGAUAAUUGGCGGAGGUCCAGCUGCUUUAAUAUGUGCCGAAACGUUACGGAAGGAGCAAUUUCAAGGCCAAAUUAUUAUGUUGACCGAGGAACCCAGUAUUCCCUACGACCGGCCUAAAUUGUCCAAAACGUUAGAUGCCUCCAUUGAAAAAAUACAGUUGCGAAAGGACGACUUUUUAGCAAGAUACGACAUCGAUGUGAGGCGGAAUGCUAAGGUCACCUCCAUAGAUACUGCAAACAAGUUUGUUUCUUCUACCGACGAUUCUAUCGAAGGAAUGAAAUACGAUUACCUUGUGAUAGCCACUGGUCAGCACGUCCGCACUUUGCCGAUCACCGAAACGAAAGUUGACUGGAAGAAUAUUCAUUAUUUACGAACAAUACAGGAUGCCAACGCUAUCGGUGAAGCGGGAAAAAAGAAGCAUGUUGUUAUCCUGGGAUCGUCUUUUAUCGGCAUGGAGUGUGCCGCAUACUUUUCAGACAAAGCCACCAGUGUAACAGUUAUCAGCCGCACUCGAGUUCCAUUUCAGCAUGCUUUCGGCCCGGAAGUUGGUGAAGUUAUCAAAACGGAACUUUUCGACAAGAAAGGUGUGAAGUUUUUAUCAAGUAUCGAAGGAAUUGAGGAGUACAUAGGCGAUGAACAUGAGCGACAACUCCAGCACUUGAAGCUUUCUGACGGAACCAAACUUGACCUUGACAUUUUGAUAGUUGGUAUUGGUACGAUACCUAAUACCGAUUUCUUAGCUGAUUCUGGUCUGGAGUUAAACCCACGAUCGCGUUCGUUAAAAGUAGAUGAGUUUAUGGCAACCAAUAUUCCAGACGUUUACGGAGCCGGUGAUGUUGUGGAGUUCCCAUUGAAAGUGUUCAGUAGUGUGCGAGCGACUAUUGGGCACUGGAAUAUCGCCCAUUCUCUCGGUAGAACAGCCGCUUUGAGCAUUGUGGGAAAUAAAACUCCCAUCCACACCGUCCCAUACUUUUGGACUCAAGUUUUUGGGAAAAGCGUACGCUAUGCAGGAUAUGGAUAUCGAUUCGAUGAUAUUUUCAUCCAUGGAACUUUGGCUGGGAUGAAGUUCGUCGCGUAUUACCUAAAAGGAGGGGAAGUGGUUGCCGCAGCCAGUUUAAUGUACGAUCCCGUUGUGUCACGCUUUGCGGAACUGGUUUCGCAUGGGAAGAAGAUAACGAAAAGCAUAAUAGAGGAUGAUCCGGAAUUAACGAAGUUAGUCGAUGCCACAUUUACGGCAGCCGCUUGAUGUAAUAACGUAGCGAAACAAUUGUGAGUCACAGAAGUUAGGUUGAUUUUAUUGAACGAGAUGGGAAUGAAAUUUUAUUAUUAACGUCUGUAAUCCCUUGGAUUUUCCUUAUAUUUACCGUCCACGAGUUGGGCGUGUUGUUUUAAUGUUCGUCGGUGAGCUAAAGAUUUUAUUUAUUCUGGAAAUGGUUGUUGUAUUUCUGCUUGCUGUGUUUAUAGUGCCACUGUGGUUCUCUUAACAAGUGCGCAAUGUAUUGUUUUCCGCAAAUUUAUAAGAAACUCGGGCUAAUG